AUGCAGUUUUCUUACACAAACUGCUUAAAAAGUUUUCAGGACUCUACAACACCUCCUGUUGCUGCAACGAUUUUCUUUGGAGCUAAUGAUGCAGCGCUUGCAGGGAGGACCAGUGAACGGCAACAUGUACCUAUUGAAGAGUACAAGGAGAAUCUAAAAAGACUAGUUCGCCAUUUGAAGAUUUCAUCACCACUUCCUUCACCUCUAUAUGCUAUAGUAACAAUAUCCUCUAUAGCCCAUAACCUCUACCGCUACCUUUGGACACCACCACAAACAUCCUUGCACGACCACAUUCAUGAAGGUGAUGACUUUGAAUGCUCCCCCACCAUGCUAGUGGUUCUUAUAACUCCCCCACCAGUUUAUGAGGAAGGGCGCAAAGAAUAUGCAAGAUCUUUAUAUGGUGAGAACGCAAUGGAACUUCCGGAAAGGACAAACGAAGUGACAGGAGAAUAUGCGAAGCAAUGCGUAGAGUUAGCCAAGGAACUAGGCCUCCCUUCCAUCAACCUGUGGUCCAAGAUGCAGGAAACAGAGGGUUGGCAGACAAAAUUUCUAAGAUCUUUAUAUGGUGAGAACGCAAUGGAACUUCCGGAAAGGACAAACGAAGUGACAGGAGAAUAUGCGAAGCAAUGCGUAGAGUUAGCCAAGGAACUAGGCCUCCCUUCCAUCAACCUGUGGUCCAAGAUGCAGGAAACAGAGGGUUGGCAGACAAAAUUUCUAAGUGAUGGAUUGCAUCUGACAGCAGAAGGCAAUGCAGUUGUCCAUCAAGAAGUUGUUAGAGUUUUCAGUGAAGCAUGGCUUUCUGCCCCGGAAAUGCCGUAUGAUUUUCCUCAUCACUCAGAAAUUGACUGGAAGAACCCUGGAAAGUCUUUCCAGCCACAAUGCUUUUAG